AUGGUACUCAGCGAACGCGAGAACCAAUUCGUCAAAAACCUGGUUGAAAUUCAGGUAGGGUUGCAGCAAGAAGCGAUAUUGCAGCUCACCGAAAACGUCAAGCGUCAGGCUUCGUUUGUCGAUAAGAUGCACAAUCAUCUUUGGAUCUGCAGCCCUGCUGUCAGCGGUACAUUAUGUCGUGCCAUUGAUCGAUAUAACAAGUUUCUCAAACUCUUUGUACUACAUCCAGGUAAGACUCUGGUGCCAACCCUGGAUAUCGACCUUGUCUGGCACACGCACCAAUGCUCUGCAGUCUCAUACGAAGAGACUAUGCGAACAAGGACGGGACGUUAUGUCAACCAUGAUGACAAAAUCGGCAAGGAAAAGCUUGGUCAUGGUGCCAACGAGACAAAGCAUUUAUUCCGCACCCGGUUUGGGCAGGAAUACUCGGUUUGUUUGUGCUGGGACUGUGAGAUGUUAGCCACUGCUUUGGAAAAAGCUGAGGAGGAUGUGGAUCUUCUUGUUGAUGAUUUAGAUAUGGCAAAAUUGGCGAAGCAAGUUGGUAAGUAUGUUCGUUACUAUCGGUCGGAGGAGUUGAGUAGGCGUGUUGACCGUAAGUUGGAGGUAUAG